AUGCCCUAUCCCAUUGCCCUGGAUAUUUUUACCUCAUUUUCAUUCAGGGAUAUUUUGGAACGGACCAAGAAUGGUACAGAGACGGGCUGGAUUCAUACGUUGAAACAGUACCAUUACCGAGCGCAGUGGGAGCUGUAUGACCUCAAGUCUGACCCAAAAGAGCUGAAAAACCUAAUCAACAAUCCGGCUUAUCAGGCUGAAGUGAAAGAGUUACGUCAGGAGUUGCUGACAUGGCAACGCUCUACUGAUGACCCACGGCUCUGCUCUCCCGGGGGGUCAAAGUGGGGAGCUUGUGUAUUUCAAUGGACAAUGAUACCUGACUGGUGCCAUUAA